UUUUGUGGCUUCCUCCUCUAAACCCUGAGAAGUGGGUGGGUGAAUGAUUAUGUGUGGAAGGAGUGGUGGAGAUGGGGGGUAGUGGUGGAGCCUCUGUACUUAAACAGCCCCUGGCACCUAAGUGACUACCCCUCAACAGCUCUCGACCUCCGGCUAGCAGAUAAAAAGCGAGGUGAAAAGAAAACAAGGCGAAAGUGAAAUAAAUAGAGGGAGUGUACUCUGUGUGUUUCCUGUAGCUAGCGAAGCGAACGGCAGCCUGGGCGAAGAACAGGAAACACUCUCCUUAUCCCCCUCACCAGGCAGACAGCGCUGAAGUCAGAAGACUGUGGUGAAGAGGUGCUUCUGGCGGCCAGUAAAGUGCACUGUCAGAGGAGGAGAAAAAUAAAUUACAUCAUUGUAGUAACAGACCAAGAAAGAAAAGAGGGGACAAGAUAGAAGGGGAACAGAGAAAGUGAGCAGACCUUAGAGAGAGAAGGAGAAGGACACAAGCCUUGGGAACUGCCUUCAGUUCUACCUGAAAGCCGAGUGAACGGACAUUACUUUCUUCUUACUCUGCCCACUCUACAGUUACUUACCUGGGAUGGGAUGGCUGCUAGUGAUUGGCUGUCUGAUGGCAGCAACGAUGGCUGUGAUUGGCUCGGAGAGGAAACGCCAUCAGGUGCAGCAUGGCCCCUGCAGCUACACCUUCCUCCUACCAGAGGUGGACAACUGCCACAAACCUGGGGACCUCCAAGUGACAAACUCCCUCCAGAGGGACUCGCCCUUGCCCCCGGACACUCCGCCCAUCGAGCCAUCCUGGCAGAAGAAAAAGCUGGAGACCUUGGAGAGCGUGACAGAGAAUAACACUCAGUGGCUGCAGAAGCUGGAGAACUACAUCCAGGAGAAUGUACGCACCGAGGUGGAGGAGAUGCAGCGCAAUUCUGUCCACACGCAGACCGCCGCCAUGUUGGAGAUGGGCACCAACCUCCUCAGCCAAUCAGCGGAGCAGACUCGCAAACUGACAGAUGUGGAAACUCAGGUGCUGAACCAGACCAGUCGGUUGGAAAUCCAGUUGCUGGAGUAUUCUCUCUCCACUCACCGACUAGAGAAGCAGAUCUUGCAGCAGACGCAGGAGAUCUCACGACUGAGCGACAAAAACAGCUUCCUGGAGCAGCGGCUGGGAGCGGUGGAGAGCAGGCACGGGCUGGAGCUUCAGGGGAUACAGCAGGAGAAGCUCCAGCUCCAGGAGCUGCUGGACAGGCAGAGCAGGCUGGUCGCUGUGCUGGAGGCCGAGCUGGGCAGCUCCACCCGCAACAGCACGCUGCUGCAGAGGCAGCAGGCCUCACUCAUGGAGACCGUCCAGCGCCUUCUGUCCAUGGUCACGCAUUGUAAUGAGAUCUCCAGUCCUCCUAAAGAGGAGGGAAGACGUUUCCAAGAUUGUGCAGAAAUAUAUAAAUCUGGGAUUUCUGAGAAUGGAGUAUAUACCCUACACCUCCCCAACUCAACUCAAACAGUGAAGGUGUACUGUGACAUGAAGACCAGGGGUGGGGGCUGGACUGUGCUGCAGCACCGCCAGGAUGGCUCGGUGGACUUCCACCGUGGCUGGAAGGACUACAAAAUGGGAUUUGGAGACCCGUCUGGGGAGCACUGGUUGGGCAAUGACAUCAUUCACCUUCUGACCUCAUCCCAGGACUACAGUAUUGAGGUGCAGCUGAAGGAUGCUCAGGGAAACGAGGCUCACUCACAUUACGACCAUUUCUAUAUCAGUGCAGAAGAAAAGAACUACAGCCUACACUUCCGAGGGUUUAGCGGCUCUGCAGGUCGAACCAGCAGUCUGACCCCUUCUGGUACCCCGUUCAGCACUAAGGAUCGAGACAAUGACAAUUGCAGCUGCAAGUGCGCUCAAAUGGCAUCUGGAGGCUGGUGGUUUGACGCCUGUGGGCCCUCUAAUCUCAACGGCAUCUACUAUGGCAGCAGUUCCAACGUGGUCCGUUACAACGGGAUCAAAUGGUAUUACUGGAAAGGACCUAGCAUGAUGGCCACCAUGACGACGAUGAUGGUACGGCCCGUGGACUUUCAGAGAUAACCGCGAUGAUGUCGCAAGGGGCACCACGCGAUGAUGUCACCCUCAGACUAUCAGUGCUGGAUGACCAGUGGUGGCCAGUGAAAUAUUCACUUUGGCCUACAUUUCCUUCAGCUUGUGUUCUCGCUAUCACAGAGUGGCCUAUUCAAAGAGGUAUUGUGCGAGACUUGUGGUCAUCACUUGUACAGAAUGCUCACUUUCGUCUAGUGUAUAGGGUGAUGAAAAUUACCGCCUCAACAAAAUGGAUGCUGGAGUUACUGAAUGUAGCAUGCUUGUAUACCAAUCGGCGGGUUUUCUAUGGCAACAUCUGCUUGGCGACAUGAUGGGACAUGAUUUAAUUGGGCUCCACAGCAGUAGGGUAAUACUUUGCUGUGCCUAAAACCAAUUGCCAGGUUAAAAAUCACAGCAGCAGAGCAGGACACUCCACUCUUCCUUCAUUUGGCUGUAAUUAGUUUUCUCUUGCUCUUGGUUAUAUUUUUUCCUUUGUUCCAUGGCAUCUACGAUUAAAAUGUUGUUUUCAGGUAAGUUUAAGGGUUUAAAAGAGACUGCCAUUUUCAGCUUGAAAUCAAAUUUCUGUGUUAAAUGUGUAUGAGACUCAGAAAAAUGUAUUUUUUUAUAAAGAUUUUGCAUUUUAAGAAUAGUUAGAAUAAAAGUGAAAAGCAAAAAUUCUGUAA